AUGACUCUGACAUUGUGGCAGACGAAGCGGAACAAUGCUUUCUCCGUCACGAAUUCAUCCAAACCCAAUGCGCCCAAUGCUAUGAGCAUCAGUCAAGACGGUGCAGACUUCACCUACUUUUCAGUCAUGAAAUUCGGCUCUCCAGGUCGGGACAUGUACAUGUUGCUCGACAGCGGGUCCGCCAAUACCUGGCUCAUGGGCUCCAGCUGCCAGUCUCAAGCUUGUCAGAUCCAUAACACUUUUGGUCAUGCCAACUCAGACACCCUAAAUCUCACUCAAACCACUUUCUCCUUAGCAUAUGGCACAGGGCAGGUCCAGGGCACCAUGGCAUCCGACACGGUCAGCUUUGCAAACUAUUCGUUGGAGUUGGGCUUCGGAAUGGCCACUACCGCCUCGGAUGAUUUCCUGAACUAUCCUAUGGAUGGCAUUCUAGGCCUUGGUCGAGCCGCAUCAGAAGAGCUCGGUGUGCAGAGCCUCAUGGACGCGUUGGACGAUCAGGAAGGCUUGAAGGAGAAAAUCUUCGGCAUCCAUCUCCAGCGAAGCUCGGAUGGCACAAAGGACGGGCAAAUCACAUUCGGCGGGGUCGAUGCGUCCAAAUUUAAAGGCAAGCUUGAGUACACGAACGCCAUUAAUAACAGCACCUGGGAAAUCCCCCUCGACGAUGGCGGUGUCGACGACAAAGGGGUAGGGUUCAAGGGCAAAUCCGCCAUAGUCGACACCGGCACGUCCUACUGGCUCGCUCCACCAGGCGACGCCGACGCCCUGCACGCCUUGAUCCCCGGAAGCUACCACAACGGCGAAACCUACCUUGUGCCAUGUUCCACCACGGCCAACGUUUUCGUCACCUUCUCCGGCGUCAACUACACGAUAUCGCCCAAGGACUAUGUGCGCGGCGGAGCGACCGGCAGUGCCGACGGCAUGUGCUACAGCAACAUCAUCGGCCACCAGGCAUAUGGCCCCAACCAGUGGAUCUUGGGGGAUGUCUUCCUCAAGAACGUCUACACAGUCUUUGACUUCGACAACGCCCGCGUCGGCUUUGCCUCACACUCGGUCAGUUCCGACUCAAGUACGACCAGCUCGUUGAGCAGUUCUUCUCCUCCUACGACCUCGCCCUCCUCGUCGAGUUCUUCCUCCGCUUCCAGCGCGCAGCCAUCCGGCUCGACUACCGCAACCUCCGCCGAGGGCCCUUCAAAGACUGUUUCAAGCUCGAGCGCUGGCCCAACCAGUUCGCCCGCAGGUGGUGUCGACAGCAGCCCCUUCGGCCAAGCCGGCGCCACUUCCGGGGCGCCAGAGCGCCCAGUCAAUCUCGGAUGCAUCAUAAUCCUCGCCUUUAUCAUCGGCUUAAUAUUGUAA